AUGCCGCCUCGGGCUCCAGUGAAGAAGACGGCCGGCAAAACCCCCCGACAAAGGACCACAUCCGAGACCCAGGAAGCCAAACUCGCCGCCAAGCAUCAUCAUGGCUUUAUCAGUCUAUUUCGCAUUUUCGACGCGGAAAAGACUUGUCCAGCUGCUCCAAGUCUCAAGUGGCCUGCAUGGGCCGAGGAGCACCGCGACUAUAAGCAUGUGUUCCACCAGAUCCCGGAGCGAACACAACAACAAAUUGGGGGUGAAGAUCGCGAAAAGCACAGGAAGAGAAAGUAUCCAGAUAGUGUCUUGAUUCAGGAAAGCUUCGUUGUCGACAAUCCCCCUUUGCAAGUUGCCAGGUAUUGCACCUUUCAGGGCACAAUGGAAUUUUUGUCGUAUAUCGACAUCAUUGUCCCCGAGAUUGUCGGCAAGGCUGCCCUGUUAGCUGUGAACUUCCGACCCAACGAAGACACGAUCAAUGCCAAUGCACCAGAUUCAAUGAAGUUCAUUGAACAGAUAUACGAAGAUUUCCGAGCCCGCGGCGUUGAAGAAAAUGCCUCAUCGAUGCCAAAGCCGACGCCGAACGACGUCUUGAAAGCCUAUGACGAAGACGAAGAGAUCAAGUCGUUUGUCGACCGGGUAGCGAAGCUUUGUCCCAGGCCAACUUUGAUCCCGGUCCUCAACAAGCACGUGGACUCCAGGGUGUUUUCGAACAAAGAACAGAUAUCUACAAAGGCAUUUGUUCUUGCUCAUGCUAUCCAGAUCCUCCUCUUUGCUCCCAUGGACUGGGACAGAGAGCGUGUUUACUCUCGCGACAGAGAGAAGUACGUUCAUCGAUUUCCAACUCCUGCGGAAUUCGGUGGCGGUACUAGAACACAGGUCGCAGGCUUGUUUUCCAUGGAAGAUCUUCACCGUGCCAUUUUGAUCUUCUACGCCCUUGUCUGCCGUCGAUCUAAGCGUACGGCUUGGAUAACGCGGACCCCAUCUAGCAACGCCAACGAGGCGGGGUUCGUAGGCUACUUCGAUGAGUCCGCGGCGGCGCUUGCAGAGUUUCCGGAGAUUGGCGACACGGCCAUGGACGUUUCUUUCGUGGCGGGUGCCAAAUUCCGAGCCAGUGUUAAAGAGAAAAGCCUUGAGCGACGGGUAGCCCAAAAGGCUUGGGUGAAGAAGUACCGAGAGCAGCAGAUGGAUAGCGGCAGAGACAUCAACCUUCUGAGUGAUGAUCAGAUACCCCCGGAUUCAAAUGCCCCGCCUGCAUUGAACGGAAAUCAACAUGUCAAUGUUUGCACUGCGUUGUUGGAAUCCACUCAGUCAACCCGGCCGAAACUGGCCAUCAAGGCGAGAAUUGCUGAGGCCAGGAUCAAAGACAUGGAUCCCUUGAGCAAGUCAAGCUUCAGAGCUAUUAUUGGUCUCCUCAACUCUGUCCACGGAAAGCAUGACUUUGACGCCAAGUUGGCUCAGCUUCAGAAAACGAUCACACAUGUCGACAGUUUCCUUCCAGACAGCGAGAUCAACGAUUUCAUCAGAAGCCAGGAGGAGUCUGAAGUUGUCACUGAGUUUCGGCGUGCGAACCCUGAAAAAGAAGCAGAGCUGGUAAAGCUCAGCCGCCAGCAGUACGCUCUGGAGCACAUGCUAUCGUCGCUUCAGCCAGAGCCGUCUAAGGAAGGGCUGCAGUCCCUUUGCCAGACAUUUGGCAUUGCAGAAUGGCCUGAUCUUAGACUCUAUCCUGGCCGCGAGGAUGUUGAGUCCCUCAAGCCCCACCAAGUGGAAGAUGCUGUCAGCACUGUUCGACGUGGAGAGACUUUUUGGCGACAUACUUUCCUUUCCAACGACAUGGGGACGGGGAAAACUAAAAUCUACUAUAGCACCAUCGUCCUCAAUCAAAGACGCCAAGAAGAGCGUUAUAACAUGGACAUGGAGACUCGAGGCGAAUCGGACAUCAGGUUUUACCCAUCCCUUAUUCUUACACCAGUCAAUGCGAUUUGCCAGACCUGGAAAGAGGGCUAUGAGCACUUCAAAAACCUCGAGAUCUUCGUCUACUACAGCACGCCCAGCGAAUUCCCGGAGAGGAAAGCACGUGUGGUUGAUAACAACAAAUGCAUUAGUUUGUUGAAUCAAUUCGCCGAUAGUACCCAUGAUCCAAAGAAUGGCCGCGUCGUCGUUAUUUCAACCUACCCAACAUGGUCCAGCCGCGCCGUUUUGAAGAGAGAGCGACUAUUUGUCUUCAAGGAUGGCAAAGCCCCCGCAUCGGUCAUGAAACAAGGAACGAAGGCUAAAGACGGUUCUGAAGCCGAGGAUGAGGAUGUCGAGGAUGAGCAGGAGGAGGAGGCGACAAUCAAGAAAUACACCGCCAGUGAGCUUAACAUGGACGAUAUCGAGUUUAUCGCCCAAAACGAAACCCAGGCUGCCGAAAAGGCCGACGGCAAUCUCAUCGAGUAUCUGUCCAAAGAUAAAGCCUUCUCGAAAGCAACAUUUGAGUUUAUUGUGCCAGGGUUGUACGACGAGAGCUAUGAUCCUUAUACAGAAGACAACAAGCUCAACGGCGGGAGGGACACCACUCAUGGCAUCUUCACUGAAGCCUACUUGACAAAGUUUCCCCAGUUUGCCGCCCUCCAAGAUGUUUUCAACAAGUCUGACGGCAAGUGUCGCCUCUGGAUGACCAACCCAGUCAUUUUCCGCGCUGCUGGUAGUGCAUUCAAUUGGGGAACAGAUGCUGGUCAUCUUGUUGUAAGACCGAUCUACAAGAUGCUCCAGGUUCGCCGUACCAUGAGGACACCGCUUAAAUUGCCGGAUGGAAAGGUGUGCUGUCCUGCUCAGGAUCUACUCCCUUCGACGAUCGUACUCGAAGAAGUAACACACGACGAAACGAAAGAAAUCUUUAAUGCUGUUCGAAAAAUGGGACAGGACCAGGCAAAGAAGCUGUUCCAGAAGAAGAUGAAUCAGUCCAGCAUCGAGGAUAUGCAUCGAAGCGGUAACUCUGAGACCAUCAGUCAUCAAAUCAAGGACUCUCCUCCCAAGAUGAACUUUGGCGAGCACAGAAAAGGUGUCCUGACUUCAUUUGACUGGCGGAACUACAAACUCUUGUCCUCAGAUAACCCGAUUAUUUUUGGAGAGGAAGAUGCUGUCAACCAGCGUAUCAAAUCACUGAGAGAUCCCAAGGUCGUUCGGACCAAUUCGCAAAUGGCACGAGAGAGCAAGACGCCGUCGACACCAGUUGUCGGUGUUGAAAAGGUUGAAGAACUUCUUCACAACGACAUCAAUGGUGGGCUCAGCUUCUUCUUUCAUCAGACUAGCAUCGACCCAUCCUUACUUCCACCAAGCGACCGUGGUGGCUAUAUCCACUGGCUCUGCUACAUGAGUCCCGUCAUGACACGGACCUUGGAAUUGGUAUGGCAGUAUGUCAGAGAGGAGAAAGAACGUGUCCUUGUCUAUGUGGAUUCACCAUGGAUUCAAGCUAUCGUGGUUCAACUGUUUACUAUAGCUGGUUUCCACGUUGUUACCGUUCGCCCUUCGGACAGCUCCAUCACCAAAAACAACAUUAUCGCCAAAUGGAACGACCCCAGAUCAGGCAUCGAGGUAUUUGUCGCCAAUGCGAGCAACAUGGGUACUAGUGUCAAUAUGCAUACCUGCUGCUGCAGAGGCAUUUUCAUGAACUGGCUUAUGACCGCGAAAGCCAUGCUUCAAAUCAUCGGCCGCCUGAUCCGAAUCAACCAGGCCAAGCCUGUCAAGUUCCACCUGAUCAAGUUGAAGAACAGCUACUAUGACAACAUAGAGCGCAUUUGCGUAACCAAGUGGGCGAACCAGUUGUCUGCAGAAGUGAUGCUUCCUGGCUGGAUGACUGAUGCGAUGCGUGAGAUUUGCAUCUUUGAGCUGAUCAAGACAUCCUGGCAUCAGCCUUUCAACCGCUAUGCCUGGGUUGUUGAGCGAGAUGUCAGCGGGCACGAUAUGGAGUAUCAUUCAAACGACAUGAUAGGCCUUGGACAUGUUUUCUCUGUCGUUGCCAAGUUGCUGCUGGAUAAUCCUAAAACUGAAAUUCAGGAUUGGUGGACAGAGAAUGUUGAGUGGAUCGUCGACGGCUGCCGCGAGCUCACGUCCACCUUUGAAUCUCCGGAAGAGAUCGAGGCCCACCUAUCCAGUUCACCCGAGGAGCUUUCCAACCACUUCUUCGAAAGGCUUGUUGCUGCUGUCGCUGAAGCUCGCGAUCGAGGCAGCAAAGAGCGGGGAGCUGAGAACCGUCACAACCAGACGCGUCAGGGUGUCGAGGAUAGAAAGCAUGAGCAGCAACCCGGCGAUGAGUUCGGCUUGGGCAGUGAUUCUUAG